AUGGCCGCCCCGACGCUCGCGGCGACGCGCGUCCCUCCCCGAUGGCGAGCGAGCGCGCGCGCGAUCGAACCCGCGCGCGCGCCGUCGGUCGCGCGCGCGUCGUUCGCGGCGUCGCGCGUGGCCCGCGCGCGGUGGGCGCGAUCCGACGACGAACGAUCGAGAGGAAGAGGUCUCCUCGUCGCCGCGCCGUCGUCCACCGCGCGCGAUCGGUUCGACUGCGAGACGUACGCGGGCGAGGAUAACCUCUGGACGACGCAAGAGCUCCCUCGGCUGCUCGAGUUCUACCCGAAGAAGAACCCGUGCGACGGGCUGAUGCUCACGCGCGGGUCCUGGUCCGCGGUCGCGUCCGCGGACGGCGCGUCCGCGACGCUGACCGGCGCGAUGGCGUUCCACAACACCACGCGCGGGAGGCACGACGUCUUCGUCCCGGAGGUGUCCCCGCGAGUGACGCUCCUGUCCAAGCGCGCGGACGUGCGAGAUUUCGAGACGGAGGUGACGUGCGCGCCGAGACACCCGGGGAACGAGCCCGCGGCGCGGCCGGACGGGCACUGGCCCGCGUACCCGGUCCCGCUGGACGGCUCGACGUCGAUGGAGGUUCGCGUCGUGAUUCGAUCGAGGUCGAGAUCGAAUUCGAAAUCGAAAUCGACGCCAGACCCGCUCGCGCUGCUCGACGCCGCGUGGCUGCGCGUGUCGUACGUCGCGUACGGGCGCCACGGGCGGACGACGCACGAGCAGCAGGUCGUCCUGCCGCUGUCGUUCCCGGACGCGAACAGAGCGCCACUUCUCGCGGGGACCAAACGCGAGACGCGCGACCGCGGCGGCGACCUGCGGUGGCGGACGAUAAAGCCCGGCCUCAGCGUCCUGUGCGUCCCGACGCACUUGCUGUGCCACCUCGACGACCCGGUGAGCGUGAUCAAGAAGUACGUCUCGAAGCACGCGCGCGCCGGCGACGUCGUCGCCCUCGGCGAGACCCCCCUCGCGGUGAUGCAAGGCCGGUUCCGUCACCCGAACUCGAUCGUCCCCGGCGUCGUCGCGCGCGCCGCGUGCGUCCUCUUCAACCGUUUCGCGUCCGUCGCGACCGCGUGCGGGAUGCAGUGCCUCGUGGACGUGUCCGGCGCGCUGCGCGUCGCGCUCGCCGCGGUCGUCGCGGUCGUCGCGCGCGUCUUUCGCGUCCGCGGGGUGUUUUACCGUCUCGCCGGCGCGCAGGCGAAGCUCGUCGACGACGUCAGCGGCACGAUGCCGCCGUACGACCAGUGCGUCACGCUGGGUCCCGUGAACGUUCAACGGUGCGUCGACGCGGUGGAGACGCGGUGUGGGCUUCCGUGCGCGAUCGUGGACGUGAACGACCUCACGAAGAUCAAGGGGAGCUUCGUGACGUUGGGUAAGAGCGCCGGCGUGGACGCGGCGAUUCUCGACGUCGCGUUGAUGGGGAACCCGGCGGGGAACGACGACCAGCAGACGCCGCUCGUGUUGAUUCGAUGCGACGCGAAGCGGCGGGACGCGAUCGUGGAGGAGGGGAGGGAGGACGAACGACGGAGGAGGGACGCGGCGAAGCGCGGGGGGUUGAAGUACGUCCAGAAGUGA